AUGGUGUGCUUCUGGAAUAUCACAGCCAAUCAAGAUGAGAAUCGGAAAUUUUCGUCAACUUCAGUGGAUGAUGAUGAUUCACCAUUGAAAUCAUUCAUUAGGAUUAACGCUGCAGAUUUGAAAUCAGAUCCGUGCCUUGUAUUUGACAUCUCUGAUGCAUGUGAAAAAGAAGCCAAUUUGGAACUAGGAAGUACUGCUAAAAACACUGCAAACCCGUGCAGUGCAUUCGACAUCACUGAUACAUGUGAAAAAGAAGCAAAUUGGGAACUAGGAAGUAGUCCUAAAAACACUGAAGUAAUUUAUAGAAGAGAAGAUAAGAAAGAGGAGAAUGUGGACUUGUCUAGCCCACCAAAUAAAAGUAAAAAAGAAAAUUCAGUAAAGAUAAUGGCUCUCUCCUCAGAAGCUCAAGCUUCUAUAGAAAAUGAUGAAAUUUUCAAGAAAAUCUUGUCUGGAAAAAAUAAAUUCCCAUCUGUUAGCAUACUUGAUUUUGCUGGACAGUCGGCUUACUAUGCUUGUCACCAAAUUUAUGUUACUCCAAAGGCCUUCUUCAUCCUUGCAUUGGACAUGACUAAGAGGUUUGAAGAUGUUGUCGAAAACGAGAAAGAUAAUCAAGAAGGAUCAAUCUUCUCAGUGUGGACAUACAAAGACUACUUGAAGUUUUGGAUUACUGCAAUCAAAACAUUUGGAGGCAAAAAGGCACCAGUUUUUCUUGUUGUCACACACACGGAAACAAAAUCUAAAGAUGUAAGUAUGAGGAUUGAAUGA